GCCUCCGCGGCCGCUCGUGCGGGGCCGGGCCGGGUGGCCCCCCCUCGCCGGUAGCGCCGCGGUGCCGAGCCGGAGGCUCUGCGAGUGCAGCCCUGCCAGCUGGUGCUCUGCACCCUCCGUGCACACGUGGCACCGCGCGAGGGCCCCGCGCCUGGAGGGGCGGGCGGCGGCGCAGCUGGGGGCACAGGGCCCGAGCGGGGCCAGCCCAGCCCAGCCCAGCGCGCCGGCCCUCGAGGGGCGGCUGCUGCCCCGCGCCGCAGCAGGAACUUCUCCUUCGGGGCGGGCGGUGGAUGAUGAAACCGCAGAGAAAUCUCUCCUGGCAGCGCUCGGGCUGCUCGCGGGAGCCCCCGGGAGCGCGCGCUCCCCCUGCGCCGUGGCCUUUCCAUGGUAACCCCUCCGCGGGAGCCGGCGGGGUGCCGGCGAGGCGGGCAGGGCCCAGUGCUGCUCUCCGCGCCCUCCCGGGCCCCGUGCUCGCGUCCCCGACAUGCCCCGGGAGCCGCGUGUCCACGCCCCGGGGCAGCCGCGGGCCCCGCGAGGGGCCGGGCUGAGACCCGUCGAACUCGCUCCGUGCCGGGGAGGUGACGCUCGGGUGGCCGCGCAGGCGCUGGGGGAGGCGGCCGUGCCCGGUGCCUGGGCCGUCGCCUGCCCUCCAGCUGCGGCCGGUGACCUUCAGUGCGCGAGGAGGGCCCGGCCGCGCCGUGCAGCCCCUCAGCGUGUCCGGCCGGCAGCCCCGGGCACCACUGGCCCCGCGGCCCCGGGAGCCGCUGGCGCGACGCGGCCGGGCUGUGGGCGGGCGGGGGGACUGAGCUGUGGCGAGGGAAAAUGAAAGCAGGUGAUGCGGAAGGAGAAGUAGGUCAGGCGAGCGCUGGCCUCUCCCGGCAGGCUCGGCUGUGCUGCAUGCUCGGCUCUGCCCGCGGCUCCGCGCCGGGCCCCAUGGGCAGCGGCCGGAGGGGGCGGUGAGGACCAUGGCGAGCCCGGAGGACGACCUCAUCGGCAUCCCCUUCCCCGAGCACAGCAGUGAGCUGCUGAGCAGCCUCAACGAGCAGCGGCAGCUGGGGGUGCUCUGCGACGUGACCAUCAAGACGCAGGGGCUGGAGUACCGCACGCACCGCGCCGUGCUGGCCGCCUGCAGCCGCUACUUCAAGAAGCUGUUCGCGGGGCCGGGGCCCGGGCAGGAGGUCUGCGAGCUGGACUUCGUGGGGCCCGAGGCGCUGGGCGCGCUGCUGGAGUUCGCCUACACGGCCACGCUCACCAUCAGCAGCGCCAACAUGGGCGAGGUGCUGCAGGCCGCCCGGCUGCUGGAGAUCCCCUGCGUCAUCGCCGCCUGCGUGGAGAUCCUGCAGGGCAGCGGGCUGGAGGCGCCCGGCCCCGACGCCGGCGACCGUGAGCGCGCCCGCCGCUACCUGGAGGCCUUCGCCGCCCUGCCCGAGGGCACCGCCGCCGCCCCGCCGCCCGCCCGCCCCAUCGCCCGCCGCAGCAAGAAGACCCGCAAGUUCCUGCAGGCGCGCGGCGCCCGCCUCAACCACCGUGCCGAGGAGCCCCCCUCCGCCGAGGCGGGCGGCAGCCCCCCGCCGGCCCCCCGGCCGCCCUCGCCCCCGCCGCCCGAGGGGCUGCCGCCCGCCUACGAGGGCUACGAGGCGCCCGAGGAGGAGGAGGAGCUGCCCCCGCACGCCUUCCCCUUCCCCUACCAGCCGCCCCUGUCACCCGAGGAGGCCGCCUCCGACGAGGACGCCAUCGACCCCCACCUCAUGGCCUACCUGAGCUCGCUGCACCACGAGUCGCUGGCGCCCGGGCUGGAUACGCCCGACAAGCUGGUGCGCAAGCGCCGCUCGCAGAUGCCGCAGGAGUGCCCCGUGUGCCACAAGGUCAUCCACGGCGCCGGCAAGCUCCCCCGCCACAUGCGCACGCACACGGGCGAGAAGCCCUUCGCCUGCGAGGUCUGCGGCGUGCGCUUCACGCGGAACGACAAGCUGAAGAUCCACAUGCGCAAGCACACGGGCGAGCGGCCCUACUCGUGCCAGCACUGCAGCGCCCGCUUCCUGCACAGCUACGACCUGAAGAACCACAUGCACCUGCACACGGGCGCCCGGCCCUACGAGUGCUACCUCUGCCACAAGGCCUUCGCCAAGGACGACCACCUCCAGCGGCACCUCAAGGGCCAGAACUGCCUGGAGGUGCGGACGCGCCGCCGCCGCCGCGACGAGCCGCCGCCGCCGCCCACCGGGCCGCCGGGGCUCGACCUGUCCAACGGGCGGCUCGAGGGGCUGCGCCUCUCCCUGGCCCGCUACUGGGGCCCGGGGCAGCCCGACGACGAGGAGGAGGAGGCCGAGGCCGAGGCCGAGGAUGGGCCGCAGCCGGACGGCGCCGUGCCCGUGGAGACGGCGUAGAGCCGCCUGGGGCCGCCCCGUCGGGGGGCACCGCCAGGACGCCUGGGCCCGCCGGGACGCCUGGGCCCCGCGGGCACGCUGCCCCGCCGCGCCUCCCGACGGGUUUCUGUUCCUGUUUUUCCCGUCACGGUUUGUUCUGAAUUAUGCAAAGGGGGAAACUCCCCCCUGGCGGAUUUGCACAAAGGGGCGGGGGGGCCCCGCCGCCCCCCCCCGGGCCCCCCCGGACCCCGCCGCCGCGGGCAACCGGCACCCCCUCGGGGCCGCCCCCGCGGGGCCCCGGCCCCGGCCCCGGCCCCGGCCCCGGCCCCGGUCCCGGCCCGGGGCGCCCCCUGGCGGCCCCGCCCCGCCCCCCGCGGCGCAGCCGGGCCGGCCCCGCGCCCGCCCCGUCGGGGAGGCGGCUCGGGGGCGGCGGGGGCGCCCCGGGCUGUACAUAGCUUGUCCCGGUCCCGGCCCCCGGCCCCGUGUCCCCGGGGCGGCGGUCGCGGCGCCCGGCUCCCUCCCCGGCCCCGCAGGCUCCCGCCCGCCCCCGCGAGCAGCCCCCUCCCCGGCGAGCCCCCUCGCCCCUGCACUCCCGGCUGCUUUCUCUGGUUGCACUAUUUCGGGUGAGCCCCCCCGGGCGGGGGGCGCGGGGCUGCCCCCGCCCCGCGGGCUUCCCCCCGGCAGACCUCCCCGGGCGCCCAGCCCCGUGGGUUGCCCCCUCUGCCCUUUGCACACCCCCCCGGCCCGGCCGGGGGGGCAGGGGACCGGCACUAUUUGCCUAAAGUAAGAGUUUAUCUAUAUUUAAGAAGAUGAUGUAAUAUAUUCCCCCCCGCCCCGGCCCCCCCGCUGCUGCCCGCCGGCGCUGCCUGGCCUCUGCGCGUCUGUCCCUUGCCAUGGGGUGACGGGAGGGUGAUGGGGACGGGGGGGGGGUGGCUCCUGUCGUGGCUUUAAAGUGCCUUACGGUGAACUUGAAAUCUCGGCUACUUGAACCUCUCUGUUGUAGAAACCAAACGAAUAAUCCGCGGGCGGCCGCGCCCCCCGCGCUCCCAGGUUGUGUUUUUUGGUUCGUUUUUCGUUUUGUUUUGUUCCAUUCCGUUUUGUUUGUUCGUUUGUUUGUUUUUUUAAACGAAAGCUGCUUGAUAAUAAACGGAGAAGCAGGGA